AAAAACAAGCUUCAAUGAUCGAAUGGACAUGAAAGAGACACGUCUGAGGGAAAGAAAAAGGCUCGACCAUAAUGGUGAGAUCUCGGCGCAAUGCAUCUUAGCGUUGAGGUUUUGCCACGUCACUAUACUCUAUGCAUGGUACCCAUAGAUGUGUUCUAGACGCCAUGAAUUAUAAUGCAGAUCUCGUAUAUCUGAAGACAAUAUAUCCAAAUAUAGCAUUAUUUCCUCGUUGGAACAUAAUAUUUUUUUACGAAAAUAGAUAAAUAAUAAUAAUAAAAAAAACUGGAAACGAGGGGUGGUGGUCCAGCACCGGAGGUCGUCAAGGGCGCGCGGCAUGAUCAGCUGAACACGGACGCACGCACGCGUGCGGCGUGCCUGGGUGCCCUGGGACCGUCCGUCCGUGUUGCGAGGGGCGAGGGUGACGCCUGCCUGCGCCGCGCCGUGGGGCGCACUAGCAGUUUCCGCCCUCCACGCCCCACAAUGCCAGCAGCCAGAUCCCGUCGGCGUGCCCGUGCCCGUGCUCGCGGCCGCAGCCUUGCGCCCUUGCCGGUGCCGGUGGCGCCACCCAGCAGCAGCAGCAGCGUGGCAGGCAAGGUGCUCCGUGGCCCCGUCCCUGGCGCGCGUGCCCGUGGCAGGCGCCGGCCCGAGGAGGCGAAGAAGUCACGGUCAGAUCGGCGGCUCUGACCGAUGCCCGCCGGCAGACACGACAAGGCUGACCUCAGCUUUCUACUCUACUACCUGCAGGAGUGCAGGCUGCAGGCGCACACGCAACUCGCAGCCGACCACGCCCCCCGCAGGCCGCGAUGCCGCCGCCGCCGCAGCAGCAGCCCCCGCACCGGCACGCCAAGACGGACUCGGAGGUGACGUCCAGCAUGGCGGCGUCGUCCCCGCCGCGUGCGGCCUACUACGUGCAGUCGCCGAGCCACGACGACGGCGAGAACAAGACGGCCGCGUCCUCCUUCCACUCGUCCCCUGCGGCAUCCCCGCCGCGGUCGGCGUCCAGGCACUCCUCCUCCUCCUCCCGCUUCUCCGCCAGCGCAAAGGGCACCGCCUCCGGCGCCGGCGGCGGCCGGCGACGCGGCAGCGCGUGGGCGAAGGAGGCGGCCAUCGAGGAGGAGGGCCUGCUCGGCGUGGACGACGGCAGCGGCGGCGAUGGAGACGGCCGCGGCGGGAUCCCCAGGCGGGCGCGCUACUUGCUCGGCUUCGCGGGCGCCUUCCUCGGCCUGUUCCUCCUCUUCGCGCUCGUCCUCUGGGGCGCCAGCCGCAACCAGCGCCCCGUCGUGGCCCUGCGCGCCGUCACGUUCCACCGCUUCGUCGUCCAGGCCGGCACCGACGCGUCGCUCGUGCCCACCGAGAUGGCCUCGCUCAACGCCACCGUCAGCCUCACCUUCCGCAACGUCGGUACCUUCUUCGGCGUCCACGUCUCCGCCGACCCCGUCACGCUCCACUACGCGCAGCUCCAGCUCGCGUCGGGCAACGUACGUAUUAAGCGCCGAUCGGUGAUCAUUCGGCCGGAUCGAUUUCACAGGGCCCUAGCUACUCGCUGUUUGAGAGAGAGAGAGAGAGAGAGAGAGAGAGAGAGCUUCUUCAUUAUGUUUUGUCGCGCGCAGAUGAAGUACUUCUACCAGCCCCGGAGGAGCCAGCGGAGCCUGGCGGUGGCGGUGGUCGGCGACAAGGUGCCCCUGUACGGCGGCGGGGCGGGGCUGAGCAGCACCCCGACGACGCUGCCGCCGCCGAGGAAGCGCGCGCCGCCGGUGGUGGUGCCGCCGCCGCCCGUGCCGCUGCGGCUGGCCGUGCGGGUGCGGUCGCGCGCGUUCGUGCUGGGGAGCCUGGUCAAGCCCAAGUUCUACAGCGAGGCGCAGUGCAGCGUCACCAUGGACCAGGCCAGGCUCGGUAAGCCAGUCUCCCUCAACAAGGCAUGCACCUACACACACUAGCUUGGCUAGGCUACAUACAUACGCCUGCUGCCGUGGGUCGUCUCGUCGCCACCAUGCAUGGUCGUCGCGUCGUGAACUUUGCCCUUCUUCUUGAACAACACACACUCUCUCUCAGUCUCUCUCUCCCUUCGCUUUUCUGCGUGCGUGCGUUUGUUGGUCGCUUGUCUUGUACAUAGAAAUUUUUAGUUUCUGGUGUACGUAGGAGAGUUUUGAGUGAGAUGGAAUAAGAAUCAGGCAUUAUUUCCCUCAUACGGCGUUUCCGAUUGCGUGACAUGCCGUGGAGGGCAUGUAAAAUGUCGGUGAAAUUCAAUGCGCCUGUUUGGUGAAA